AUGCGUGUUCACUCCCUCGCGCCGGCCGCCCUGUUGGUCACCUCAAGCCUGGCAGCCCAGGAUCCCCGCAUUCAGGUCGCCCUGACCCUCGACACGCCCUGCAAUGGCGUCAGCACAACCGAAGACGGCCGGCUGUUUGUCCUCUACGCCCGCGUCGACGGCACGCAGGCCCAGGGCCUCCCCGAGGUGGUCGAGUGGGUCAAUGGGACCGGCGUCCCCUACCCGGACGCCAGUUGGAACUCAUAUGCGGGCCCGGACAGUGACAGCGACCCGGCCACCACACUCGUACGCGUCAACAGCCAGCGUGUCGACCGGGACGGCAACCUCUGGCUGGUUGACACGGGAUCCCCCGGCUUCGGGACCCCCGUCAUCCUCCCCGAGGGUCCGAAGCUGGUCGUGGUCGACACGCACACUGAUGAGGUCAAACGCGUCUAUCCCAUGGGCAACGUGACCCUGUCAAAAAGUCUCUUGGACGACAUCCGUUUCGAUGCCACCGGUUCCAGAGCCUACCUCACCGAUGCGGGCGCGGGCGGCGCGUUGAUUGUCCUGGACCUGGACAGCGGGCGAGCUGUGCGGCUGCUCGAGGGGGACCUGUCAGUUGGGGCGUUUACACCCACGAGCGGGGAGGGGAAGCUUAUGUACUCUUCUACCGGGGAGGCCCAGUAUAUAUACGCGGAUCAGCUCGAGGUCAGCCCGGACGGGAAGUGGUUCUACUAUCAGCCCGCGUCAGGGGGCAUGUCACGUAUCGAAACGCAAUUCCUUGACCAGGCUUUCUACAAUUCGUCCAUGGCGAGCCUGAGCGUCUUGUCCCAAUAUGUCGAGCCGUACGCCCUCACCCCGUCGACAGGCGGCACUGCCAUCGAUGCUGAGGGAAACAUCUACGUGAGCGACACGGACCGUCAGGCUAUCGAGAAGGUCUACCCCAACGGCACGAGGACGACGCUGGUGCAAGAUGAGAGGCUGCUCUGGAUUGAUGCCAUGUGGGUCGACAAUCAGAAGAGGCUAUGGCUCCCGGCUGCACAGCUGAACCGGGGAGUGCCGUUCCAAACGGAUGGCCAGAGCAAGAUUGUGAAGCCGUUGCAUGUUUACACGAUUGAUAUAGGGGUUGGCCCCUCUCCUAUUGACCACGCGUGA